CCCUUUUCAAGUCACAGGAAAUAGCUCUCAUCUCAAAACUACAAAAAAAUUUACUUUUUUUUCCUUCUAUUUAAUCAACUUUUUGAUGUAAAGCCAACACCUUUCACUCUGUUGUAAAAAAAAAAAAUUCUCUGCUAUUCUAAAAUGUAAAACAUGGACUACUGGUACAAAAAACUAUUGUGGAUGCAGUUUAUGUUGAAAGGGUAUUAAGUUUCCCUCGGCAAAAAAAAAUCAUGGGCAAUAAGCAUUCAAAGGAAUCACAACCACCUGUAGAGUAUAUAGCUGAUGCUCCCAAUUAUUCUUUUUCUGCUACUGCAUUCCUCCACUCCACAAUACACCUCUCACCUUUACAGCCAUCACACUCCAAACGUUGCUUGCACUGAAGAGAAUCACUGUUUUGCCUGAAGCAAGGAACAUAAGUGUUGCAAAACUGACUCCUCCUCUAAUGGGGUGAGCAUGUACAAGUACACAGAGUUGUAUUUCUCCCAGAGCUGCCAGGCUGAAUAUUUUGCAGGCAGAGCUCUAAAGCUUACAGGCUUUUUCUUUGUUUAUCUUUUUUUGGGAGUCUUUUGCCCUUUUUCUUUCUGGAUUUUUUUCCUUUUUUAAAUAUAUGAGAAACACUUUGAAACGCUAGAGUUUCAAGUCCUUUUUCCAGGAAGCAUUCAUGAGCUGGCAUGGGUCAACAUACAUUUCAUUACCAGGCAAAAUGAGCCCUUGAUCUGAUACUUCCUCCUGAGGAGAGACAGACAUCAUGAAACAGAGAUUCAUUUCAACACUUCAAAUUAUUUUACAGCUUGCUCUGACUACAGUAGGUCUGACUGGUCAAUCAUACCCUGGAAAACCUCAGAUAAUAAGAUGUCGUUCUCUAGAAAAGGAAACUUUUUCAUGUUGGUGGAAGCCUGGCUCAGAUGGAGGACUUCCUAACAAUUACACCCUGUUCUACAGCAAGGACAGUGAAGAAAAAAUCUAUGAAUGUCCAGACUACCUAACAUCAGGUCCAAAUUCCUGCUACUUCAAUAAAAACCACACCAAUCCCUGGACAACAUAUAUUAUCACUGUAAUGGCAACAAAUGAGAUUGGAAGUAACAGCUCAGAUCCUCAGCAUGUGGAUAUAACUUCCAUAGUUCAGCCAGAUGCUCCUGUGAACCUUUCUCUAGAAACAAACACAUCUGCUAACAUGUCAUACCUUUGGGCAAAAUGGUCUCCACCCCCAUUAGCUGAUGCCAGCUUUAAUUCACAUGUAUAUCACUAUGAGCUACGACUAAAGCCUGAGGAAAAGGAAGAAUGGGAGACAGUAUCUGUAGGAAUGCAGACACACUACGUGGUGACCAGCCUGCAAGCUGGGAUGAAGUACAUUGUUCAGGUGCGUUGCAUGCUCGACCUCGGAGAAUGGAGCGAGUGGAGCUCAGAAAGAAGCAUUCAGAUCCGUAAAAAACGAUUACCUCCUGAAAAGCCUAGAAUAAUAAAGUGCCGUUCUCCCGAAAAAGAAACAUUUACUUGCUGGUGGAAACCUGCUUUGGAUGGAGAACUCUCAACCAACCACACUUUGCUUUACAGCAAAGAGGGAGAAGAAAAAGUUUAUGAAUGUCCAGAUUACAAAACUUCAGGCCCCAAUUCGUGCUACUUUGAUAAAAAACACACCUCUUUCUGGACCAUAUACAAUAUUACUGUGAGGGCAACUAAUGAAAUGGGAAGUAAUGUCUCUGAUCCUCAUUAUGUCGAUGUGACUUACAUAGUACAGCCAGAUCCUCCUGUGAAUAUAACUCUGGAAUUAAAAAAGUCAAUAAAGAGAAAACCAUAUCUGGUCCUGACAUGGUCUCCACCCCCACUAGCUGAUGUCAGAUCUGGAUGGCUUACCCUUGAAUAUGAAUUGCGACUAAAGCCUGAAGAAGGAGAGGAAUGGGAGACUAUUUUUGUUGGACAACAAACACAAUAUAAAAUGUUUAGUUUAAACCCUGGAAAGAGGUAUAUUGUGCAGAUUCACUGCAAACCAGACCACCAUGGAUUGUGGAGUGAGUGGAGCCCAGAGAUGUACAUUGAGAUCCCUACUGACUUUAGAGUAAAAGAUAUGGUUGUGUGGAUCAUCGUUGGUGUCCUGUCAUCUCUUAUAUGUUUAAUCAUGAGCUGGAUAAUGAUCAUGAAAGGGUACAGAAUGAUGGCCUUUAUCCUGCCACCAGUUCCAGGACCUAAGAUAAAAGGCAUAGAUACACAUCUGCUGGAGACAGGAAAAUCUGAAGAAUUACUGAGUGCUCUUGGUUGCCAUGGUUUCCCUCCAACAUCAGACUGCGAGGAACUACUGAUAGAAUAUCUGGAGGUAGAGGACAGUGAGGAUCAGCAACUCAUGCCAAGUCAUGACACUCCCAGUAAAAAUACAAAAAUUAUACUCAAGGAAACAGACAGUGACUCAGGCCGAGGGAGUUGUGAUAGCCCUUCUCUCCUCCCUGUGAAGUGCAGGGAAUCCCGUGGCCUUCCAUCUACUCUUCAAACACAAGAUGUAGGAGCUAAAGAAAAGAAAGAAGGAAAAGGGAGCUGGGAAACUCAGUGUACGGCUUCAGAACAGAAAACGCUCCCUUGUAACAGUGAGAGUAUAAAGUCAUGCACAUGGCUGGCAGCUCAGAUACCCAGUAAUCAGGCUGCUAUGUUUGCCUACCACAGCACUUUGGAGGCAUUCAAGAUAACACUGAACACCACAAAUGUGAACACUUCACCAGUUUUGGUGGGAAAUGAAGAAAAUCGUCAGUCGCUGUAUCCAAUUGCUGAAACUGUGUAUGAUGAUGUGGAAAAGAUAAGUGAGAUGGAAUAUUCCAGAACUGACCAAACCACAGUGCAGGUCAGACAAAACCAACACAAUGACAAGUCACCUUUCAUGAAUCCUAAACUAAUGGACUAUGUAGAAGUUCAUAAAGUCAGACAAGAUGAGGAACCAACACUAUUACUGAAACAUAAAGAAAAUAGUGGAAAGACCAAAAAAUGCACUGUUCCAGGAACCAGCAAAGAAUAUACCAAGGUCUCAACAGUUGUAGACCAUCACAUUUUAGUAUUAUUGCCAGAUCAGCGCACCCAGAACACACCUGUAUCUCAAGAACCUGUAGCAGAAACAUCUCAGAACCCUCAGCAAAGUCAGGCUGAGAAGAAUACAAGCUAUAGCACGACAGCUCCAAGCGACUCCAGAAGAGACACCAGUGGAUCAGACUACAUGGACCCAUCUUCCUUUAUGCCCUCCUUUAAAUAACCUUUUAGUGCAGCACAUACUUAGUAGUUACACUCAGUAAAACAAAUAGCAAACAGUUCUUUUAAAAAGCCCAGCCUUUAAAAACCUAGCCCCCUAUGUGCAUUGUACAGGUAAUAAAAUAAUCUGUGCAUUGAGGUAAUACUUGUGGCCGUAAAUCCUGGAUCAUUAGCACACAUUUCUGACAAAGUGAAAAGAGGAAAUGCAUCUUGCCAGUCAUAAAAAACACACUGGAAAAUAAUUAUUCAGUUCUGUCAAACUUCUGUUGGUUGACGAAGCCUGAGGAAGUACCACAGAUUCAACAAAGAUGAAAAUUGUUAUGGGUCAGUCAGCAAACCAUAGCAAACUGAGCAGUUCCUACAUUAGAUAAAUCAUUGCACAACAGUAUUCUUACCUAAAAUGUGUUUUCUUCUGAAUGCAUUCUGACAAUUAAGUUUGCUUUAUCUUUUUCCUCAAGCCUUGAGGAAAAGGAGAUCUUGUACAUGACAAAUCAUAUAUAAAAGAAAAUAUAUUCUACAAAUUGCAGUAAAAUAACAAAUUCUUCUAAAUAUAUUUUUGCCUUGGUUCAAUGUGACAGAAAACUGCAUCCCAUUCAUAUCCUAGUCCAGACAAACCAAAAUGAAAAAGAAAGCAGGAUAAUAUAUGAUAUACUGCCUUACUGUAUAUAAUACACAAUUUUACUUUAAUAUAAGCCCAUAUGUUUAACAAUCUAUUUUUAAAGGCUAUUUUUCUAUUACCAAAAAAAGAGCAAAAUAAAAUAUUUUUUAAUUUCCCAAUGCUAUUUAGCUACCUAGGAACUUUUUCCUUCUGCUGAGGCAGUAACAAGUAAAGCUAUCAUUUCUAUACAAAGCAUAAAAUUAAACUUUAUACUAAUUAAGAAUAUGGAGACAUUUUUAAACUAUAUUUCUAGUAUAUUACAGAUAUAUUACUAUUUGAAUUGUAAAAUAUUUGUUUCACAGAUUUUUUAUUACCUGUAAUUAUAUAAUUAAAAUAGAAUUUAAGUUUCGAGAGCCAAGGUUCUAUCCCUUCGAAUUUGUACUGAGAAGCCAAUUUUAAAUGAAAUGGGAUUUUCCUGUAUCCUGCACUUUUCUCUGAGCCUGGAAGGAAAAGUUUGAAGUCAGAUUUUUCAUAAUGAAUUUAUGAACAUCAGUUCUGGAACCAAGCCUCCCAGGUCUGAUUCAGACCCCCACUGAAAAAGCAGAGGGAAUGAGGAGAUGAGUCCAUGUAUUUGGGCUGGUCAUGCGUCCCCAGAAGAGCAGUGGGAACAGUAAGGAUCCAUUAUAUCCCAGGUAACUGAAGACAGAAUCAAAAUGAUACUGCAGUAGCUGCAAAGUUGCUGUGGCUCUUCCUUCUUGAAACAAAAGUAUAAUUUACUCUAGAAAAGUAUGACCAUGUGAUGACUGAUUAAAAGUGGGCCAAGUAUUUAGCCAGCAUCUCUAGCUUCAGGAGAAAAUGGAAACUAAAGGUGAGGGAAUGUUCCUGCACCUGAAAAGGAAAGUGUAUUUGGAAGAUGGGCUCUCUUUUGUUAGUCUCCUUCCUGAACAGCUUUACUUUUCUCCAUAUUUACAUUAUUUUAUGCACUGAGCGAGCCUUCCUAUCAGGUACCUGCUGCAGAGCCAGAGAAAAGAGAAUGGUCCCAGAAGGCCACAUCUAAUUUGGUGAGUCAGAUUCUCACUUUUACCUUCAAAGCUAUGGAACUGUUCAAGCACAGAUUAGUAGAACUGCCUGUCCUUUGCACAGGCAGGACACUAGAACUUAACUAGUUAUCUGUGUGUCUAUAAACAUACGUAGUAGUGUAGACUCUAACAUCGGGGUGACAUUAGAUUUAGAGCCUAUCCUCUCCACAGACAACUGCCCACUUUCAGAGGCUGAUCAGACCAGUCUGGAUGCUGGCUGAAGGUGUGGGAAGGUAUCCUAGAUUCUUAAUUCAGCCACUUCUUUAACACAUGAAGACAUGAAGGGGCUACUGCAGGUAUCAGCCAAACAUAAAACUCUGUUCAUUUACAGUUAACAGAACAAUUUUACCAUAGAUACUCUGUUUGUAGUAUACCUUACAGAUUUCUAUAGAUGCUGGAAAUACUGCAAAGAAACUCUUGAGUUAUGAGGAAACUUGUGUGUGUGGAAGUGUGUAAGCUUGUAACACACUGUGUCUGACAGUGUUUUGUUUACCCUUCAGUUUUCUGACUGAAUCUGACAGUCAGAUAAAGAAAGAGUCAUCUUUCUUUACACAGAUACCUCUAUCUGUGUUGUGUCCAACACCUAAUGAUGUGCAUAAAGAUAUGCUGCUACAGGCCUUCUGGGAUGUAUCUAGUGAUGCACAGAAGCUGUAGUAUCUCAUCAAGCCUAGGGCCUAAAGAUGUUCAUUAUAGAGUAGAUUUCUUAGAUUAGAACACAGACUAUACAUAUGUACAAUAGCACUAGGCUGUUCUUGCCAUAUCUUUUUACCUGAAGUUACUUUUCACCUGAAGCAAACAGACACAACAAUUAGCAGAUUUUAAGUGUAUGAUUCAUCCUGCUUAACUGUAGUCAUGUAUGCCUCCAAUAAUCCACAUAGAAAGAGAGCCAAGGAGUUUCUGUGCUUUGUCAUAAAUGAAUACUGAAACUGCAAAAUAGCUGUAGCCUAAAUUACUUUGUGUGGUGUUGAGCAUCUCCCACCUUUGCUAAUGGAUGUCUAAAUAUGCCAAAUCAUCAUGGCUCUCUGUGAGAAGGAAAAGUCACCCAUGGUGGAAAAGGAGCAUUUGCUUGCAGCUUUGAAGUUUUGGGGGAUUUCCUAGCUAAAUGUAAUUUGAACACAAUGUCAUAAAUAUAUUUAAUUCUUGAAGCUGAAUAAAUGUGCAGAUAGAUUAAUUUUCCCUUGGAUUUCCUUACAUUUUCCAAAACGCCUUGUUGCUCCCAGUGGCAGAGCUUCUGAAAGUGAUCUUAAACAUCUGGAAGUACAUUACAAAAAAACUCCAAACUAGUGUUAUGUAAAAUCAAAAAACCUUCAGCUACGUGUUUGGUCCUUUGAAUGUUAAAAUACUUAUUUUUUUCUGCUUCCAACAACAUUUGUGCUUGCAGGUCUUUAAGCUUUCAUUAGGAAGUACACGAGUUUUUGCAGCAGUUUUACAGAGUCAAUCAGUGUAUAAUUAUGAUACACCAGUGGGGAAACAGGCUCUUGACACCCCCUUUAAUAUCCAGAGGGUUGAACAGAAUUUACACCAGAACAGGGAUCAGCCCUCUAGCUCUUGCACCAUUAGUCAAACUUCUCACUUGGAUUAAUUAUUUCAAGAAUUUGAAUGAUGUUUUCAACAUCAAAGUUAUCCGUGUGUCAUUUAUAAUGUGAAUUACUUUGUAAUAGCAUAAAAGCCCUAAAAGGUAGCAUAAAGACUCUCCUACAUAAUUAGUUUUACAAAAUUCCUACAAUUGAACAUAUAUCUUUUAUUUAAUUACCUUUCCUUCUGACUCAGACUAAUUUUAUUAACAUUUUUUUCUUCAGUAUUGGCAAAUAUGAUUAUCAUAGUUUUUAUGAGAUUCUUUUUUAGCAGAGACAUAUUUGAUAUACAAUGUUAGUAUUUCUGUGUAAUAUUUCAGACUUUGGAAGAAAUACAAACGAAUUAAUUGACACAUGCUCACAAAGCUCAGUAUCACACAUGAUGAGGACUUUAAGUUUGGUGUUGAUGAUACUAUCUAACUACAAAGAUUAUUUAAUAAAAAUGCAGAUGAUUAACCUGAUAUAAUAUUAGUAAGAGGAUAUAUGUGUUUAUGGAACAAAAUGUAAUACAAAUACGUAAUGAUGAUUUAUGUCAAACCAGUGAAUUCUGUAGUAUAUCUGUCUGUGUGUCUGUGUUUAAAUGGCUGAAAAAUAGACAGCUGCUUUAAAUCAUUCAAGCAUCCAAAGUGUAGUAGCAGCAGGUGUUCAAAAUGAAUAAGCAGAAUUUUUUUGUGCUCCUGAAGCAUUGCAUAUGUGGGGUUUACAUCAUGAAGCCUGUAAGUGUAUUUUGUAAUUUCACGGUAACUGUAAACGAUCUGAAGGUGUUGUUCAAGGAAACUGAAGUCGUGUAAGCUAGUUGAUAGACAUCAGACAUCUUCUACAAAGCCAUAAAGAGAAAUGAAGUGAAAGAAGUAUCAUGGGAUCAGGCAUCACAUUCUCAAAUAAUUGCUACCUCAGAUUUCCUUCUUUUUUUUGCUCCCUUUAAAAGGCAAGCAGGAAAAAGCAUUUUGCUUUGUUUGUAUGACUCAUUCUAUCAAGAAUUUAAAAAUCUUAUUUGCAAAUUCAAAGUAUUUUUGUUAACCAACAGCUUGUCAUGGAAUCAUCACUUGUGUUGCAGUGGUAGUAUAUAGACAAAAUAUUUGAGAUGUGUAGCAAAAUUAAAUGUUUCUAAUAUGGAAAAAAAUUCCAUUUUGUAAGAAUAUCCAUGGUGCCCAGAUUGGAAAUCAAGCAUCACUCCCAUUCCUGACCUGAAAAGUUUUUUGCCACUAUUUGUAUUCCUGGGUCACUAGGACUGACUGAGCCAAUUUUCCAGAGGUGCUCUCAUUCUGGAUCUCAGCUAUGGAACUUAGUGUUUAUCAAUACUUGCUAUUUAGAAUUGCCUGUUUUCAACUGAGUUCCUAGGAAGCAACCUUUCAAUUCUAUCUCUAAAUGAGUAAAAAUGGAAAGCCCUGCUCUCAACUAUCUCAAACUAAAAUCAGGCUCCAGUUCCUAUCAGCAUGUAAAGAUGAACUGAAUUAUAGUAAUUUGAAUAACCUUGUGGCCCAGCCUUGAAAACCAUUUUGAAAUAAAUCAGGGAUUUUCUUCAUUUUUCUGGUGUAUGUCAACCAGAAAAAUAAAGAUAAAUGGAUGCCUAAAUAUAUAAUACUUGGGGAUAUAAAGACCUUAAAUAUCAUAGGAGCAUAGAACAGUUUAGGUUGAAAAUACCUAUGAAGUCAUAGAGUUCAAAUGUUAACCCAGUCCCGUCAAGUCCACCACUAAGUGACAGGAAGAGGGACAAAGUUGCUGUAUGUGACAGAAUGGAAAAUGAGUACAGUCACUAUGGGAUGGCACAUGGUAGAUAAUGAGGGAAAAAAUGAAUUCGAUUACAGCUGAGAAGAGUGGAGGAAGAAGAGAAAGUGGAAGGGAAAGAAUCAAAUGUGAGAAUAGGCAGCAAAAAAUGAGCACUAGAAGAACUGAGAGGAGUGAUUAGUUAGUGAGGGUAAAAAAAGGAAGAGAAGAAAAUACUUUUAUCUUAAAAGUGGGGAUGUGCACAGCUACCUGAUAUAGUUCACAAAAGCAGUAAAGCCUUACGAAAUGCUAAAGAGUUGGUAAAAUGCUGAAAUCAGCUACUAUGGAUCAUCUGUCGCAUGUGAGCAGAAAAAGUCCUAUAUGUGAGAAGUGGUCAUUCAUUUUCUAUCAGUUACAGGAUUUUUCUUCCCCAUAUCUGACAUUGGUCCCAGACAAAAACAAAACUUGAAGAGUCAGGCUCAGCAUCUGAUCUGAUCUGAUCUGACGUUGCAUUUCCUGCAUUCCUAAGGGAAAAAAUUGAGAGAAAUAAAGUGUACCACACUGCUUUUAUAAACAACCUUCCAUUUUUCAUACAGAUAUACAGGUGAGAUUUUUUUUAUCCAUUUACAUUGUCCCACACAUAUGUCUACCAUUCCUAAGCGUUGUUUUGUUUUUAUUUAGUAUAUAUAAUGCAAUGACCUAGAAGCUCCAAGAGAAAAAAUACUUUGGGGAUAUUACUAAGCAGUCUCUUGGCUUUUCUGGGCAUUGUUUCAGCUUGUAGCUGUGACAAUGUAUCUGUUAAUACUUUCCUUAGUUGGAAGGUCUCUCUCUUGGUAAUACUGAAAAUUACCAAGUUAGGUUUAAAAUACAUCUCUUCAAUAUGUUACAUUUUUAAGAGGCACUAUUAUAUCUGUUGGAAGUAGUUAAGAAAAAUACCUGAAUUAGUUGUGUGGCCUCUUCGAGUGCUGAUAUGCUAGAAGCUGAUCUUAUAUGCAAGAUGUUGGUGCAUAGAACAGUUAGAUAUAAAAAAGUCUUUUUUAAUAUAUUCUUCUUUUUGGAAGGUUUAUUGUCCUUUUCUACUUGGUGAUGCUGCUUGUCUCGGAUCUUGACAUUAUUUAACUAUUUUUUUAACAAUGCUGCUUUUGGAUCUAUUUUUGUGAGCUUCUGAGUACCUUCACCUCGUUUUGACAUCAAUAAACAUUGAAAGAUAUCAUUUCAGUUCCUGCAAUGGUUAGCUGUAGAGACUAGCACUAAGUAGAAUUUUUAGAGCAUGCUGGAAAUAAUUGUACAAGUCCCUUGUAGAAAAUAUCCCUUCAGUAAGAUGGAAAACUACACAUGUCUAGAAAAAGGCAGAUUUUUCUACAGGCAGAACUGUAAUGAUGUCAUACAAUAUUUUUUAAUAUUCAUAAUGCGGUAGACUACUCUUAAUUCUCACUCCUUUGUUUUUCAUUCCAAAAGGGAGAGGAAACUACUGCUCAGCUAUACUCAUAAAGAGCUCCUGGGCUGUUUUAGUGUUGUUUAUUUUUCAUUUUGGAAAGUAAUAUUUCUCUUUCUGACUACAAAAGCAGUUCAUCUGAUAGAAUACAACCAUCAGUUCUUAUAUAUGUGCUAUAUUCCUCAGAGAUACUCAGCACUAUCUUGGCUUCUGAAAUCUUUUUGUGUAUGUUUUAGUCAUUGUGUAAGAUAGCAAUACUGAGGGCACUGUUAUGAAAAAGUACAGCCCAGAAAAUACACGUUAGCAGUCAUUAACUGAUUGUAUCUGUUCAAAAUUCUGAUGUGCUGUUACGUGAGGGUAAAAGUCUCUGGAACUCCCUUGCCUUUAAUUAUGUCAGCAGUCUCUCAAAGAAACAAAAAUUGCACCUUCUGAAUAAUAUCCAGAAUAAACAGUAUCUUUUCAGCAGAGAAAGAGAUGACCCAAUAUUUAAAGCAAACUUAUUUCCAUUUGCAUAAACCAUUUCAUUGUUAGAUUUGCAAUACAAGCUAGGCAUUUUUUCCACUACAGUUUCAUAAUUUGUAUGCAAUGUGGAACAUGAGAGGUUAUUGCAGUGUCAUUACUGUAGCAACUGAAUGACUUUAAGCACAAUUAUUCUAUGAACCAGAUCCAAAUUUUUUUGUAAAUUUCUAAAAUACAAAAAAAUUGUAAGAAUUAGAUUUCAUAUGUAGUAUGUACAUUGUUUGGAGAAUACUGGUAUAAAAGUAGUUGCUCAGGAAUUCUUCAUUGUUUCUAAGUGUAUCUAAAGGAAAAUGCUUUCAAAUACAUUUUUUAAGUUCUUAAUAUCAAAAAUGCUGGCUUUACAAAAAUCUGUUAGUGUUUUCACUUGUAAGAUCAAUAUUGUUAUGAAGUUUGUAGCUUUCUGAUGAAUUUUUUGAUCUUUUGUCAUUGUAAAAACUCUUUGCCAUGGUGUUCACAUUUCCGUUUAAUAAAAGUUCGUGAAUAAA